AUGGCGAGUGACAGUGAGCUGCUGGUGGCGGCGGAUCCUGAGUCGAAUCCCACCGCCACCACCAUAUCCUCCCUCGCCCGAGAUGAACUUCUCGAGAUCUUCCUCCGCCUGCCGGACCUGCCGGCGCUCGCCCGCGCCGCCUUCACCUGCCGCACGUGGCUCGGUGCCGUCCGCUCCUCCCCGUCCUUCCGCCGCCGGUUCCGCGCCCUCCACCCGGCGCCCCUCAUCGGGUUCUUCCUCGACACCUACGGCGCUCCUACCCCCUCCUUCUUCCCCGUGCGCCCCUUGGAUCCCGACGUCACCGCCGCCGUCCGCCGGGGCGACUUCUUCCUCACCUCUCUCCCCGCACCCGCGUCCCUAAAGUGGAACGUCGCAGACUGCUGCGAUGGGUAUAUCCUCCUCUGGGAUACAACCGAGGUGGCGCUCGCUGCUCUCAACCCCAUCACCUGGGCUGUCCACUCCCUCCCGAUGCCUCCCGAUGAUAUCAGGGCGGACGCGGAGAACGCCGAGGAUAUCUGGGCCGACGCGGACAACGCUAGUUGGUCAGACGCGGACAACCUAGGCGGCUUCACCUUCCUUGGUUUUCAUAUCUUGUCCUCUGAGGACAACCCUCGGUCGUUCCGAGUGGUCUGCGUCUGCAGUGAUGAAUAUAGGGUUCGUGCCGCGGUCUUCUCGUCGGAGACAUGGGACUGGGUCAUCCAUCCGUGGGUGGAAGGGCAAACCAUGAGGGCUAAUGAUGGCAUGAUGGCUGCCGGUUCCAUUUACUGGCCUUGCCCUAGCUAUGGAACUGGAAGCAUGAUCAAAAUUGACACUGCCACAAUGGAUAACACCACUCUGGACAUGCCCAAUGGAGUGGACAUGGGGGCAGGCAGUAUCAAGGUCGGGGAGACCAAGGAUGGUGAACUUUGUAUUGCUCGUGCAUCUUAUGAUCUCCUUCUCAAUGUUUGGAUCCAUAGUGUUGACGGUGAUGGGAUUCAGGGCUGGACACCGCACAGGACAUUCUCUAUGAGUUCCGAAAUCGAUCGCGUUUCUCAGGGGUGGGCGCGGCACUAUGAUGGAGACCUCGAGGUUGUGCAAGUUAAGAAUGGAUGCGUUUACUUAUCAGCAAAACUGAUGUGCCCUCUUGGCGCACUCUGCCGCUGGGUUUUCUCCCUUUCCUUGGAGACUAUGAAGCUUGCCUUGCUGGUUGAGGGAAGGUAUGAUGGUCCUGGCUAUCCGUACAUUAUGGCAUGGCCUCCUUCUUUAGUUGGUGAUGAUCAACUUGAACUCUAA